AUGGACGACAAUCUGGAUCGCACGUUGCUCCUCCCACCGCACGUCGGUCCCAAUGUCUUCCCCAACAGCCCGUUCUUCAGCAAGCUGCUGCGCCACGCACGGCGAGGUCGCCUCGCCAUUCGGGAUGUCGACCUCGGGCUCGAGAAGACGUAUACCGAAAUACUCUCCGACGCCCUUUCCUUCAGAGCAGUGAUCGAGCGGGCGCUGAGCAGUGAGCGGCUCAGUGCCCUGCAACGGGGGGACGAGGUGUACAUCGGAGUCCUGGCUGCUGGUGGGUAUGAGUUCACCGUCGCCGUGCUGGCGGUGCUGGCCAUUGGAGCUGCCGUGGUCCCCAUCGCUACUUCCGCCCCCACUGUUGAAGUCUCCUACUUCGUCACAAAGUCACGACAAGCACUGCUGCUCGUGAGCGAAGAGGUACUGGAGCACGGCCGAGAUGUCCAGAAAUACAUUCGCGCCGAUUCUGGCACUGACAUCCAGCUACUCCCCAUCCUGUCUAACCUGCCAAAAUCUUCCGCCUUCUCUGCCUUUGACAUGGUACUCUCCUCGAACCGCCACUUGGACGACAACGCUCCAGGAGUGGUCAUCUUUACGUCCGGCACGACAGGCAGACCUAAGGGUGCCGUGAUGCGGCGCUCGUAUGCGCACGAGACCGCCCUGGCCAUCGGGGAGGGGUACGACGUCUCACACACCGACGUGCUCCUGCACGUCCUGCCGGUCCACCACACCACAGGUCUGCAGACAUCGUUCUUCGUCUUCCUCGUGGCGGGCGCCUGCAUCGAAUUCAAACGAGGCUCCUUCGAUCCGGACUGGGUGUGGAAGCGCUGGCUGAGAGGCGGUCUGACCGUCUUUUCGGCCGUGCCGACCAUCCUCUUGCGCCUGAAGUGGCACUAUGAGAAGAACAUCGCUGUACUCCCUCCCACAGAGCGACAGCGGUAUGAUGAUGCGGCAAACAGCUUCCGAGACAUCAUGUGCGGCUCGAGCGCCCUGCAGGACCCAGUGCAGGAGUUCUGGACGACCCUGCGCGGCGGCCGGCCCAUCCUUACCCGCUACGGCGCGACCGAGUUCCCCGGCUGCCUCAAAGUGCCGGCCAACGCCCCAGCAGACCUGCCUAAGGGGUGCGUCGGCCUCCCCGUCCCAGGAGUGGAGUUAAAAUUGUCGGACGGCGACUCCUAUGGGGAACUGCUCGUGCGCUCGCCAUACAUGUUCUCCAAGUACCUCUUCGACACGGAGGCAACACGGGACGCGCACGACGCCGAUGGCUUCUUCAAGACGGGCGACAUCCUCCGCCGCGAGGGGGCGUACUACUUCGUCGUGGGCCGCGCGUCCGUCGACAUCGUCAAGUCCGGCGGCUACAAGAUCUCGACCGUCGACGUCGAGCGCGCAUGUCUGCAGCUGCCGUACGUCACCGAGGCGGCCGUGCUGGGCGUCGACGACGAGGAGUUCGGCCAGCGCGUCGCGGCCGUCGUGGCGGUCAAAGAGCCCUCCGACCUUAGGCCAUUGACGAUCGAGCGCCUUCGCGCCGACCUCCGCGCCGAACUGGCCCCGUACAAGCUACCUACGCUGCUGCGCGUCGUGCAGGGCGAGCUGCCCAAGGGCGGCACGGGGAAGGUGCAGAAGAAAAUCCUCGGCCCGCGGAUGUUCCCUCCAGACUGGAGGGAGCGGAGGGAGGAGGUGCAGUUCUGGGAGCCGAAGAACAGGAAUCAAGGGGCGAAAUUGUGA